GCAUAAAUCCAUUACCAGCCUUUCAAAAACUAUAAAUCCAAAACUCUCCCUCGAUGAGCCCGUCAGUGUGCUUUCAACAACAAAUCUCAAGUGAUAUCAAUUAGAGCUACCAAGUUCACUUCAACGGCCAGCGCUAAAACCACUCCCCCACAAUUAACAGGGGAGGAAAACUCAACGAUGAAGACCCUCGCCCUGCCUGGCAUCGUGAUAUAGCGUGUCGGGCAGCUAUAGAGCGGUGUGUACGAUUAUGGAACCCAACCGGACGAUUAUACUGCUGACGAUCACCCUAAUCUUGUGCACCCUAUUCGGUAGAAAUGAUUGCUCCGUCACCAAGGAACAAAUGGAGAAGACUGGCAAACUGUUCCGACAGGUGUGCCAACCCAAGCACAAACUUUCGGAUGAUAUCCUAGAAGCCGGUAAAAAUGGCGUCUUCCCCGAUACGAAGAACUUCAAAUGCUACAUCAGUUGCCUGCUGGAUAUGAUGCAAGUGACAAAACGUGGAAAGAUCAGCUACGAGAAAUCGUUGAAGCAAAUCGAUCAACUACUUCCGGACGACAUGAAACCAGAUUUCCGUAAAGGAUUGGAGGCUUGCAAAGAUGUUGCCUCGGGAAUCAAAGAUCAAUGCGAUUCGGCCUUCGUGUUGCUCAACUGCUUCUACGAAAACAAUCCACAGUUCAUAUUACCCUGAUCUGCAUACAUCGACCAUGGCAAACGUUUCAAGGACAACGAUUCAGGAAUAACGAACUAUAAAUGUGAUAUUUGUGUUGCUUAAUUCGGCAAAAUCUGUAUGCGUGUUAAUGUUUGUAGAAGAAAAUGCACCUUAUGUACAAUGGAAAUAAUCAAACCAAUUCAUAUUUAGAAUAAAGAGUCAUUUUAUUUUA